GUUAGGUUUCGUAUCCUUGCAAAACAGGGGCGAAAAGAAGUUUCGGGGAUUAACGGCGAGUCCAAUUUUUGAGUUUUAUUUACAGACAAUGUAAGCGACACUAAAGUGAAAACGACAGCGCCUUUCACGAAUCAAAAAGCGCCUUGUCGGAACUUUAAAUGGGUGUGACUAACUCCAAGUUCGGUUGCAUCGCAGCGCAUACACAAUGGCUGCUCGAAAGAGGAGAAAGCAAACAAUUUUCAGGCCCGCCGCGUCUCGCAAAAAAUAUGAGAAAAAAAUUAUUAAAAAUUCGGAAAAUAGUUGAAAGUGAAGAAAAACUCUACAGAAAGGAUGAUAAAGCGUCCGGGACCCCUGUGUCCAGGCAGUGCUGAACACAUAAAACUGGACAGAAUAAUCACAUCAGUACUAGUCCGGCGCCGUGCAUCGGUCCAUGUAGCUGGUCAGCCUUAGGGUGCCAUGGCCACGGGAACCCAGGGCCACCGUGACCAAGUCCUGGACAAAGCCAAGCUUGCAGUACCUCUGGGGAGGCGCAAGAGAGCAGAAGGCAAGCUGAAGAAGAAUUUCCCUUGUCAGGAGUGUCAGAAGGCUUUCAACAGUCUGGAGAAGUUGAAGGUGCACUCAUACUCUCACACAGGAGAAAGACCCUACCGCUGCUCCCACCCUGAAUGCACCAAGGCUUUCGUCUCCAAAUACAAGCUGCUACGGCAUAUGGCAACUCACUCGCCAGAAAAAAACCACAAGUGUUCAUACUGUGAGAAAAUGUUCCACCGUAAGGAUCACUUAAAGAAUCACCUACAUACUCACGAUCCACACAAGGAGGCAUUCACUUGUCAAGAGUGUGGCAAGAGCUACAACACGAAGCUGGGUUUCAAACGCCACCUUGCCCUCCAUGCUGCCAACAGUGGAGACCUCACCUGCCAAGUGUGCCUGCAGCCAUUCCCCAGCACUGGGGUUCUUCUGGAACACCUCAAAACACAUGCUGGCAAGUCCUCCGGUGGAACCAAGGAGAAAAAACAUCGUUGCGAGCAUUGCGAGCGGCGGUUUUACACCCGUAAAGACGUGCGACGGCACAUGGUAGUGCACACCGGACGCAAAGACUUCCUUUGUCAGUACUGCGCCCAGCGUUUUGGAAGGAAGGACCAUCUGACGCGUCACAUGAAAAAGAGCCACGCUCGGGAACUGCUGAGGGUUAAAACUGAGCCAGGCGAUUCGCUGGAGCCCGUCGUCUACGACUUGGCGUCUGGGAGCGUAAAGGGGGAGCUCCCGGGAAUGCUGACGCCAAGACUGCACCAGCUGAACGUGUACACAGGCCCCGUCCUCGACACCGAGCCCUUCUCCAGUCCCACACAUCCCUUUUCUUUAAAGUACCCACUGGGCUCCAACUUUACCUCAUACGCCGUGUCCUCACAGGAGCGGGAGCAGAAUCUUAAGGGAGACCUGGAGACCUACCUGAUGGAGCUGCAGAGCAGUAUGCCAUCCUCUGCCUCUGAAGCCCAAGAAGCCCAACUCUCCUCCUCCAAACUUGAGUUGGUUCCUGAAGUGGGUGUGCUGGAGGAAGCCAAUGAGGAGAUGUCCCUGUCCAAAAUGUCCACAUCAGUAGCAGCACCUGCAGGCGACUCUUUGGCCUUAUCUUCCUCUCUAAUGGAUUUUUCACAGCUUUUCAACUUCCUGCCGCUCAACGGGCCUCCGUACAAUCAGGUAGGGGGCAGUGGGGGGCAGGGUGUCACUUUUCUACCCAAUGAAGAGCCUGCAUCUCUAGUUCAGCUGCCCUCUCAGGCUGCCACGGGCUCAGAGGCUGCUGAGAGUCCACUUCAGGGGCUCUCCUCCUCCUUCAUAUCCAACCUGAGCACUCCAACCACACUGCCCCGCUUCCACCAAGCUUUUCAGUGACCCCAGUACAUCCGGCACAUGCCACUCACAAACACUGACACACAUGUAGAGCUGCAUGCCCAUAUUAAACGCCAUACAAGAUGCAAGUGACUGAAGAAAUUGGCACAUCUGUCCAUUCAUGAUACCAGCAGACACUAACCUGACAGGAGACACAGCACUGACAGCAGCACACUCGCACCACACAGCCAGGCCAGCUUUCUGAUGAUGAGGGUUUGUUUUGGGCCAAAUGUAAGUUAUUCUCUUUUAGAGUCUUGUUUUUUUUGCCUCGGGCAGUUUAAAAAAGAAAUGAAUAAAAUCCUGAUCUGUCCGUGAUUACAGAGACUUCAGAUGCAUGCUGGUUACCACAUGAAGCAGUCGUGCUCAGACUCAAACCAUUUUCUCUGUAGCUCAUUAAUAAGCUUGAUGCAAACAUUAAAGGGCUGCUUUGCAUAACAACAUGAACAGAGCUGACACUGAGAUGAUUCACAUGGAUAAGUGUUACGACUCAGACACUUGAUUGACUUUGUUAUACAUGCGUACAGUUCUUCAUGUAGCACUUUGGAUUUCUGGUCUUCAAAGAUCGUUAUAUGUGAUAAGAUUUAAAGAGCAUCCGUAGUUUUGAGGGUUUCUGUUUAGGAGCCAAAGUAUAACAGGAGGUUUUUGGGAGCCAUGAUGGUUCGUUUAUUUCUAAUUAAAGUAGAACUGAACUUUUCUUUUUUGACUGUACUCGAGUGAGCAGCCAGGUGCUUUACUGUGUCAUACAUUUGCACUGUCAGUAGUAAGACCAUGUGCUCAGCGCGUGGGAUUGCCCAAAGCCCAGUUUCAGCCAGAGGCAGUAUAAAACAUGGACUCCAGGUCUGAAACCUGAAGCCAGUGCAGAAGUGCCUUAAACCUGCAUCUUAAAUGACCAACAGAUGGUGAGAGCUGUGUUUGCAGUAACGUCCUCUGAGCUCUUGAUCUGUGCUCUCUUUCAAAAAACUCAGCUUUGUGUUUGGUGAACUUCUGUUUCUAUGAUCUGGCAUCACUGUGUGAUGUUUGUCCUGACAGGUGCCAUAGAAAUAAACUGUAACUGUGUUCUGGUCCUAUAGACGUGGAGACCCUGAAUCUCUGUCACGUGACAUCUGUAAAGACUUCCUGCUGGGUUUUAUAUGCUCAGUUACUCAUUUCAGGUUGCAUUGAAUUAAAAAAUGACAGUAUUGUGUUUAAAAGGAUUAUCUGUGAUAUGCUCAUUGGCUAAAGACGUGUGAUUCACAAGUUGUUAGCCAAUGAACGCGUGGCUUCACUGUCAGACCUGCCCCUCUGUCACAUCGUGUCCACCUUUUAUACUGUCUGUAGUUCCAACUGCUCCUGAGCUUACUAUUGGAAGGUGGGAAGCAUGUGCAGUCUUAUUGGAGCACAGUUUGCUCGCAGAGCUCAGACAGGAAGUUGACAGAACAGUACAAACAUGUUGUUGAUGGAUCCAUUAAGGUGCUGGUUCAUUCACACUAUUAUACACAAAGUUACUGAGCAGCAGUAUUACAGUUGUCCACCAAAGUUUCCAUUUAACUGUAUCAUUCAGUGUUGCCUGCAGUUCACAGCAGUACCUCCUUCUUCUUUUUAAAGCAAACAUUUCUUUCUCACAGUUUCAGAGUAAAUUAGCCAGUGUGCCUCUGGCUGCUGAAAGCACAUCCAUCAGUUUCUUUGCAUCGUAAGUGUUAUCAGCUGUUCUACUGACACCAAAUUCAUCAUCAGUCAGCUUCACUCAUCACGUCACUGCUACGAAGCUCUGUAGGCGCAUCUAGAAUAACUGGGAAUGAACCCUCAUAACCUGCUCAGUGUUUGGAAGUCGGGCCUUUGGACUUACCAGAGUUUCUGCAUUGGUUACCUGUAAUCUGUGGUCUGAUCACAGUUUCCACACUGACAAUCCAGUAACACCAGAAAGUGAAUUUUGGAUGAGUUAUCAGAAAAUGACCAACAGUGACACAGUCCCAUCCACGUGUCGCCCACCCUCUCUGUCAGGGUCUGUGCUGCUGAGUUGGGGUCAAAAACAGACUAUUGAGUGGUAGAAAAAUAGUUUCACAAUUGGUCAUAGUGACAGUGGUACCUCAGUGGAGCUUCCUGGAUGCUGCCGCUGUCCCUUCAGUUGCUACUGUAGUUCCUGUUGUCUUUUGCACAGACUAACCUGACUCUAGGCUGUGAAGUUUAAGUGACCCAUGUUUCCUCAGUAUCUGGUAUCUAAGACCUGAGGAGGCAAAACGGCCCUAAACCGUGAUAAUGUGUCAUAAAGUAUCUUCAGCUGCUUCCUUCUUUCAGGGGGCUGCCACAGCAGAUGGACCCACAUGUUUCAUUUGGCACUAAUGUCACACUGCACCCACAUCUAUCUGGGACGGCCACUGUGCAAGGUUGGACCACCAGAGACUGGGUUUCUCCCAGUCUCAAACCAGUUUCAUGUGUAGGUGAAGAUGUUAACCCCUACAACAUGACUGAUUGAUGAUCAUGACAUACAGAGAGAUCAGACCACAUGUUGGGUAUUCAACACAGAAAUGCUGGGAGUUUCAAAUGUUACCAUUGAUGAACCAUCAAACUGCCGGCAUCACUUCUAAUGUUCAUAUCUUACGAAUAAUAAGGUCCAAUUCAGUCAUUUAAAAUGUUAACAAAGCAAACAGGCUUUGUGAUCUCUGAACAAAGAGCUAAACACACUGCUGAUACAACUGUGACAUGAAGGCUUUUUGGUUUUUUUGGUUUUUACUGGUUACUUUGUCACAUCCUGGCUGUCGUUCCAUUUUUUAAAAGGCUGUUGAGCAUUUUCUUAAUUUGUGAAGUGUGACUUGAAGGGAACGUUUCACAGUGUUGUGCAAACCCAACAUCAACUACAGCUGACAAAUACUAAAGCUGACCUAACCCAUCCUCUGAACAACCUUUAAAACAACUACAGCUGACAAAUAGAUCAGUUUGAUGGUCAGGCAUUAGUCGUACAUUAGUCUCUGCUGACUACAUCUAUGAAGAUCUGAGCACUAAAACAACAUCCCGGGAGACGUAGCUGUGUUUACUGUGACAGUGUGUGAAAAUAACUGAAAUACUGUUUAUAAGGAAACAUCUUACUGCAGUGCUUAAUUGGUCUUUACAGAUGAAACCACUUCUUUGACAUUUAGUCCUAAAACCUGCCUCUGAGGUGAAAACCUGUGUGCAGCAUGUUAGACUGAAACAGUUCUGCUCCUGUAUGAUCGUUCAAAUGAAAGGAUUCACAGCUCUGGUCCUUGACGUCACAGAUCGUCACAGUUCAUCCACACAGUGCUUUUCAUUUAUGUAGAAACCUCAAAUCCUGGACAAAGAAAGUCAAAUUGGUAGAUGUUAACACAUGGAGUGUUUUUGGAUCUUUAAUUAUAACGAUUUUGAAUUGUUUUUUAUUGAAAUGUGGUUUCUUUAAAUUCUUUGAUCAAAAGGAUGACUUCUCACAGAGCGGGCUGAUGUGGCUGAUGCUCGGUCAGAAGCAGCAGGCAGUGAGUGGGAGCUCCACUCUGCCUCAGCUCCAGGUGCCUAAAUCGGCUGGUUCUCGUGACAUGGUUCAGAAUAGCAUCAGAUCUCAGCUGAACAACAAGGGUUCCAGUCAUAUAAAUCAGACACAGCUGAUGCAUCGUCGUCCAUGUUAGCUGUUGGUUCUCUUGACCUUUGGAGUGAAAGAUGCUUAACCUCCUAGGACCUGCGUCCACAUAUGUGGACAUCACAUUUUGGGUUAUUUAGACCAAAAUACUCAAUUUUGCUCUACAAGGGCCUGAUAUCCUUUUACGAGGACAUUAUGCUGCUACUGUCCUAUCAAAAUUUUAGACGAAUAUCCUCAUGUGUGGCUCUGAUUUUUCUUAAAAACAAGAAUAAGGUAAAAAAAAAAAUAUCUGGUAAUUCUUUGUUUUUACAUUCAUUGGGUCCCAAUCAGCCCAAAUAUCAAAGAGAAAUUAAAAAUGCUGCCGUGCAAGAGUUCGGGUCUUAGGAGGUUAAAGAUCUUGACAAAUGGAUAAGAGCUCACCUUGUGCCAGCUUGUAGUCACACUUUGAAGCAUCACGGUGUCGGACUGUAGUCCACACAGUAACUACGUGACAACAUGAACUCGUGCUGCUGGCAGACCUAAGUGGCCGGGCGUAUUCAUCUGUAAUUCUUGAUUUCAUUCAGGAAUCAUUCAAGUGUGACUGAAACUGUAGAUCUGCUGGCUGCAGACAUACAGGCUACAGGCCGCAGGCGUCAUCUUCAUUUCCUGGACGUGAAGUCCCAAAGACGAUGCUCUCGGUUGGAUUUCUGAGUUUUGUACAUAACUGAGUAUGGAGUCGAUUCAAAGAUGUUCACGAACACAUUUUCUCUCCAUCUGCAUGAAUGCAUUGAUGGCGUGGAACAUAGCUGGCAGUGCGCUCCAUGUUUGUGUCCAGUAUGAAGGAAGCACCGUACACCCCAUGGCGUACUGGUUCCAGUUAGAGUGGUGAUGUGUAGACAGAGAAACGCUGUGGGGUUAGGGUACGUCACCACUCGUCACUUUGACGUGCUUUUGAGUUUCUCUGAGGUUUUUUCAUUUGAAUGAAGAUUUCUUCUUCAUGGACAUGUUUCUGAUUAAUGGGGGGAAAUGUAUGUAUUUGAGUAAUGCCUGUGUAUUUGUGCCCUGGACUAAAUUGACAUAUCCAAACCGUAUUAGCUCGUAUGUUACUCUGUCACCAAAGUUUGGUUGAUGGGCCACAGCAGACUGACAGAUGGGAAAGUGUUCCCACACAGAAUCUACUAAACAAGCGUUGAGUCUUGUUUAAACUGCUGUUUCCAAGGUCAGUAACGAUGGUUCAUGCUCAGCACUGUGGCUUCUGUUGUAAAUGAGAAGGUAUAAAUAUGUCGUUUCAUAUUUCUUGUAGCUGGAUAUGAAUUGUUUUUCGUUUGGUUGGAGUCUUUUUUAAACUCUGGUAUCAAGCAGUUACAGCACAGACAAGUCUGCUUCAUGUUUGUUGCUUUCACCACUUCCACGAGCGUCAGCCACACCUGCCCUGAAGGUGAAUAGAUGGGAUUUAGUGCGAUAGCGUCAGCACGUUCUUGUAUGGUUUGACUCCGUGUAGCUGUGUGCAUGCCCUGCCUGCAGGGCGCUGACAGCCAUAAACAAAUUUAAUUUCAUCCAGUGAACCUGUCUGGACAGCUGAUCCCUUUGAAGAGCUACUGGGCUGCGCACUCUACAGAAAAUGUGAAUUUCACAGAAAUUGAGUCGUCACUUCCCUUCCACCACAUAGGUUAGCAUUUCCACACACGUGUGGUGACUCGCCUGAUGCCUGUAUAACCCAAUAGUGUUAUAAUUUACCUCACUGUUCUUCUUUGAGCUCCAGAAUUCUGAGAAUAAUGACAGAAAGUGCCCGUCUCCUUUGUGAGUGAGCAGAGAUGAACACCAGUGGAAACCAUAUUUCUGUAGGUCGUGUGAAACGUGGAGCUGAGUUCUGAAUGUUCCCAACCUUUAUGGAAGUUUGCUCUUUGGAUCUUGUGAAUGUUUGUGGUUUUACAAGAGAUGUUAGCAAGCCGCUCUUUUUUAUUAGCACUUUUUGUAAAUGGGAUGCGUUUAUUUCCUGCAGCAUCGAGUCUUUUAUUACAAAUGUAUAGAUUCUAUAUUUAGCUCUUUUAGAGAACAAUAACAUGUAAAUACAAUAUAAAUGUUUUAUUUUUGCAGGUACAAUUUUUGGCAGUGUUUUUCCUAUAAAGUGUCAUUUUUGCUUUACUUGCACAAUUGCUCUGUGUUUCUCAUUGAGGCCUCUUGCUUUGCAGCUUUGACUUAAUUGGUCUCCUUUGACCGUUCGUACGCUGCUUUACGUCAGAGUGUACCGUGGUGAAGCUGAAACGAAGCUACUUAACAAUAUCACUGUGUCACAGAGUGUUUAGAUGUUCCAAAAAUAAGAUGUUCCAAUAACUCCAUGAGUGUGUCCUCUUCUGUCAUUUUUACACCUCGGUGUGGUACAUUACUUGAUUUCCUCGUGGUCUCUGUCUGAAAGCUGCAACUAUGUGAUGUAAAACUCUUAUGGAGUGUACGACAGAUUCCAGGUACAGAGAAGCAAUAACAGUGGAUCAAAGCUGAUUACAAGUAUUUUAGAGAGAGUGCGUGUGUGUGCGCGCGCGCGUGUGCGCGCGUGUGAGU